UGGACAACUACAGACCAACGACAUAACCUGCAGACCGAAAACCCUUCACAAGCAUCGACCUUACUUAGCGCCACCGUAACACCUUCAUCAUGGUUAAGGCAGUAUUCGGAGGUGGUUCCUUCAUAGAAGAUGGCACCCUAGUCAGCUUCAACACCACAGAUAAGGUCGCCGAGGCCAUAGAGGUCCUGCUCGCAUCAGGCGUUACCACAAUCGACACUGCCCGCAUCUACCCUGGCUCGGAAGCCGCCAUCGGCAAACAAGAGAAGCGCACGCAGUUCGACAUCGACACCAAGAUCCCUGGCGGCCUUGAGCCAGACACAGCAAACAAGGACACCAUCGUCGAGCACGUAAAAGAAGCUCUCCAGAAAGUCAACAUCAAGCAGUUCGAUAUCCUCUACAUCCACUGUCCCGACCCAGACAUCCCCCUUGCCGACACACUUGCCGGUAUCAAUGAAGCGCACAAGCAAGGCUUCUUCAAGCGCUUCGGGCUAAGCAACUACGCACCGCAGGACGUUCAGCGCGUGUACGACUUGGCGAAGGAGAAGGGCUACCCGCUUCCCGAAGUCUACCAGGGCAACUACAACCCCGUCGCGCGCCACCUGGAGAAGGACCUCUUCCCCGUGCUGCGCGAGCUCGGCAUCAUCUUCUACGCUUACUCGCCCCUCGCCGGCGGUUUCCUUACCAAAUCCGCCGCCGACCUUGACGCGGGUGCUGGUCGCUUCAACGAUGAAGCGCUCGGUGGUAUGUACAGCGGCAUGUACGACAAGCCUGCUCUGCGCGAGGGGUUGAAGGAGUGGAGCAAGAUUGCUGAGAAGGAGGGGCUUAGUAAGGCGGAGUUGGCGUAUAAGUGGGUUGCGCAUCACUCUGCGCUGACAGAGGGUGAUGGUGUAAUCUUUGGCGCGAGCAAGUUGAGCCAGAUCGAGCAGACAGCUGCUAAUAUUAAGAAUGGCAAGCUGAGCGACGAGGCGGUGAAGAGUAUCGAUCAUUUGUGGGAGACUGUCAAGGCGGAGGCGCCGGUGGAUAACUAUAUUUGGUUCAAGGGGAGUAAGGCGUAG